AAAAGGCAGGGCAGCGUAGGUAGAGCGUCCACUUAACUCCACUCAGAACAAAGACAAACGCUGAGACGAAGCUUCGUGCGUUCAAGGGCAAAGAGGCUCGUCGCAGCAGAGAGUUUGUUGUGACUGUCAGGGCAACAGGAGCUUGGAGGAGCCAAGAAGAGGUGAGCCAAGUCUGGGGAGAUGCUGUGAGGAAGAACGCCAAGUGAUGGAGAUUAAAGCAGGCGCCAGGAGGCCACAGCUAAUCAGGGAAGUGAUGGGAAGGUGCAGACAUUUGGGAAAAGAUGUCAGGCUGCAAAAAGAGACCCCAACUGCCCUGUGGUCAUCAGGGGAUGGCUCAACAAAAAGGAUAGUUCUGGUUUGAAACUCUGGAAGAGAAGAUGGUUUGUCCUCUCUAAUUACUGCCUGUUUUAUUAUAAAGACAGCAGGGAAGAAUCUGUGCUGGGAAGUAUCCCACUCCCGAGCUACAAAAUCCUGUUCUGUACUCCACGAGAAUGCAAGAACAGGAAAUUCACUUUCAAGGUGGUGCACCAGGGAAUGCGGUCCUAUUUUUUCAGUGCUGACACUCAAGAGGACAUGUUGGGUUGGGUUCGAGCCCUGAGUCAAUCAGCCACAAUGGAGCCAGACGCCACAUUGAACAGGCGUUGCUCAAGUUAUCAGGAUUUUACACAGAUAGGUGGCAGCAGUGAGUCAGUGGAUGGUCCCAAAUCCCCUUCAGAGGAGGAGAGUCCCUUACAAAGACAAAAGCAUGUCAGCAGGACCCUGAGUGAGCCAAGUCAGCUUGUCAGUGGGAAGAUGGGGAGGUYCCACUCAGAGCAGAGGGGGAGGCGGAGCAUGCAUCACAGAAACAGGAGCCCCUCAAACAGAACWCCGAGCCCUCCUGAUCUGAACAGAAGAAAAGCAGCUUGUCCAAACAAGGAGGAGGAUGGUGAAAAUGCAACAACAGAGGUCGAAAUGAUGGGGAUGAGUUCUCYAAGCACAAGAGGACAGCUGGGAUCUCGGCCUCAUACACCAGURGGCAGGGUUGACAUUCGACCCCAUGAUGACCCAGCAGGGCCACAGACUCUGUACUACGCACCUGUUUCACCCAAGCUGGAGUUCAAAUCUGCUCCUACCACUCCGGUCACAGAAAGGUGGCAAAGCUUAAGCAAGCCUGCACCCUUAUAUGGUUCUGUUCAUCAGCCAUCAAGUGGGCGAAGACCUUUGGGAAAGAGCCACUCGACAGGGGCAGACUUACUGCCCCCUUUACCCCCCUCGUCAAGAGCUGCACACGCUCUGCACCCCCCACCACACCACCGCCACCAUCACUGCAACCAUUUAUCUGUUUGUGUGCUUCCGCCAGCUAUGGCCUCCAAGCCUGAGCUGAGAGAGCUGCCUGCAAUUCAACCUCUUGAAAGUGACGCAGAUGCUGUGCUAACAAGGUUGUGUGGGUGUGACAAGCUGCUACAGUCUCUGUCUGUAGAACUGACUCAGCUACAAAUGGACAAGGAGCAGUCUCAGGCUCAGAGAGAGCUGUGGAUGAUGGAGGACAUCCUUGCUGGACUGAAGCUCAACAGAGAUAAUUUCUGUUUCCUGCUGGGACUACAGAGACAUCACAUGUUCCAGUCUUCAGUUCCACACCCUGGAUUCCCCAGCUCUGUCACAGAAAGGCUCCAGAGUGGACUGCCGAUGGAUAUAGAACAAGAGCCCCCAGUCCGCCCACCUUUACCCAUGGAGCUCCAGGAGAACCAUCUAAGUCGGGAUCCAAGCUGGUCAGAGUCUCCAUAUGAGGGAAUCUACUGCCAGGCUGAGGAUCCCGUAGACAGAAGAGGAACCGCUCAGCCUGACCUCCUUAACGUGAAGACACAGAGAGAUCCAGACUCUCAGUCUGGUUCAAAGUGGAUCCCACCAGACCCAAGCAACCAAUCAACAAAGAAGAUGAAAACAAAGAUGACUGAAGAGGAGCAGAUUGAGAGGAUGAAGAGAAAUCAGGAGAGGAUGACUCAUAGGAAGAAACCUUCAGUAGCUGCUCAGGGACCUCUGAAUCAAAGUUCAGAAACAAGAGAGGAGGCCCCGUUUCCCUUAAGGGUGACACGAGUCGUAACAGCUGUCCUCCCAUCCUCGCUCGUGGCUAGAAAAGUUUCUGUCGAGGACCCGCCACCUGAACUCGACGCCCCGCUACCCGAACAGAUCCCACCUGAGACCCAGCAACGACCGACUGAACUGGCCAACAAACCAAGGCGGUUGCUUUCGGAGARCCAAGACUCGGGCCAGUCCUUUGUUGAGCUGCACCAGGACCAGCCUGUUAAAAAGACAAGCAGGCAACAACAUCAGGGAAAACCCAGGCCCUUCAGGAUGGAGUCACUGCCAGAGGGGAGCAGAGCUGAUGGAACUGAGGCUUCAAGCAGUUUAGUUCAAGACCCACCCAGAUCAGGAGGAAGUGAAAGCUUGGAUGUCAGGGCAGAGGACACGUCUUCUGCACCUCCUACUCCAGACUUGAACCCUGACCUCAGUCUGAGCCCUGAGCAGCGAGAUGCCAAGCUCAGACGAGUCGAACGAAUACGAGAACGAGUCAUGCGCAGCGCAGUCAGAGAGAGUGUAACUACAGACAAUCAACAUCCGGUCAGGGCAAGGAAGAAGGAGGUUCAUCAGGUGCCCAACAGCAUGGCUAAGAAAUCAAGGAUGAAAGCAGGCAAUGAAAGCUGUCUGGCURACAUGAGUGGUUCUGCAGAGCUGCAGCUUUCUAGAGCAACAUCUCAGGAUCGUGAUGAAGAGAAUCAACAUGUUAGCAAAUCAAAAAUUCAGGUCAAGCUUGAGAACAGAGCACAGCAGAGUGGAAAAUCAGGGGUUGCCAACAGUAAAAUCAAACGCCCAGCCUCUCCCUAUCACAUCUCAUCUGUGGUCUUCCACCAAAAAGAUGGAGGCAAAAGAUUUAUAGACCUCAGUCCAGAUGAACAGCAGAAGAUUGAAGAAGAUGAUUACAAUCAUUUUAAGUCUUCAGAUCUGAGAGCUCAGUGGUUCCUUUCCACAAACCAGUGGCAGGGUUUCAUGCCUUUACAGAUCCCUGCUUCAGAACCAAUAUCUGACACCAACAAGCAGGCACACAUUUCUGAUGAGCUUACCGAUCCCAAUGAGUUUUCAUCUGCAGUGAGUGAAAGCCUGAAAAAAAUGAAGGAGAACCAUUCCCUCUUUUAUAAGAUUGCAUGUGACAUCAGCAUUUCAGACUCAGACAUAACAAAGAACGACGAACAAGCAUCAGGACCAGAAGCGGAAGAGGAGUUGUUCAUUUCUGAAUCAGAGUCGACCAGGGGUGUUGGAACACCAUCUGACCAAAAGUGCAAUGAUUCAAAUCGGCCAGUGAUUGAAAACAGUCUAAUAGUUAAUGACAAAACCCAAAACUCAACACAUCAAAUGCAGAACGAGGUUUUGGUCAGUCCAACAUGUGAUUGUGGAGAAACAACUCCAGAAGAAUCUGAGGACAAAUCAGAGGAAAUUCUUAAAACUCUACAUGAAGCCGGUGAUCCAAACAGAAAUUCUGAUCGAACACCAGUCGACAGUUCAGAGACAAAAGAAGAAUGCUGCUUGAAGAAAGUGCUGGAAGACCUCAAAGAGGACCAAGAGAAACAAGAGGAAUGGAAAAAAUGUGCAAGUUUGAGAAAGGAGAACAACAUGAACGAGCAAGAUCAAGGCAACAAACUUUCUGUCAGUCGAUCAAACACUACAUACGAAGGGGGUGGUCUGAUCCGGAGCGCGUCUUUUGGAAAACCGAGAGUCACCGUAAUAAGGACAAGUUUGUAGAAGCAAGAAGUACGGGGCGCCAAGUGUUAAAUGAAAUGUUAGAAAAAAAACUAGUGAUUGUCUCAGGAUGAUGACAUCAUAGCAAAAGCCACUCACAACAGCAAAGGCUGUG